CCGGCGCCCCGGGACGCCCAGUGGAUGUUUUCUGGUGAAGCAGGGUGGGAGAGAAAGAGGGUCAGACCGGUAGCCGAAGGCUCAAGAGCGAGUUAGACCCACUCCAUAAAGCGGUCCAACCCGUGACCUCCGGUGGUUCAGCAAACACGUGCAGUGCUCCGAUUGCUGGCUGGGUGCUCAGCCGGAUCAGACCCAGUGUGAGGACGGAGCUUCGGCUGCCGCGGACGCGAAGGGCCUGAAUAGGGCUGCGUACAGUUGACAUGUUAACGUGUGCCAUGAAACAAUGAGGAGAUUUUUGUUGCUUUAUGCUACACAGCGUGGACAGGCAAAAGCCAUAGCAGAGGAAAUAAGUAAGCAAGCUGGUGCACAUGGAUUUUUUGCAGAUCUUCACUGUUUGAGUGAAUCUGACAAGUAUGAUUUAAAAACAGAAACAGAUCCACUUGUUGUUGUUAUUUCUACCACUGGCACUGGAGAUCCACCAGAUACAGCAAUCAAGUUUAUUAAGAAAAUUAGAGACAAAACUCUGCCACCUGAUUUCUUCUGUCAUCUGCGGUAUGGAUUACUGGGUCUGGGUGAUUCAGAAUAUACCUACUUCUGUAAUGGUGGAAAAAUAAUUGAUAAACGACUUCAAGAACUUGGUGCUCAACAUUUCUAUAAAACCGGGCAUGCAGAUGAUUGUGUAGGUUUAGAACUUGUUGUUGAACCGUGGAUUGAUGGACUUUGGACUGCCCUCAACAAACAAUUUGUGUCAAGUAAAAGAAAAGCAGAUAUGACCAGUGAUUUCAGUACCCCGUCUAAUAUCUCCUUACAGACUGAUUUAGUUAAACCAGAAGUAUUACCCAUUGACUUGCAAAUUGCACUUCUCAAAUUGGAUGAUUCGGGGGAAAAAAAUUCUGAGGCUUCAACACAAAACAUCACCAAUGUUCUUUCAGGAACUUUAAUCGAAGAUUUUGAACCCUCACUUACCCAGUCAAUACCACCCCUUUCACGGUCUGCUCUUAAUAUUCCAGCAUUACCCCCGGAAUAUUUAGAUGUCCAGUUUCAGGAGCCUCCUGGCCAGGAGCAAUGCCAAGUAUCUUUUAUUCCAGUGGAUACAGUUUUCCAGGUUCCCAUUUCAAAGGCCAUUCGGCUUACUAAGGAGGAUGCCAUAAAAACCACUCUGCUAUUGGAAUUGGACAUUUCAAAUACAGCAUUUUCCUACCAGCCUGGAGAUUCCUUCAAUAUCGUUUGUCCUAAUGAUGCUUCAGAGGUACAGGAAUUACUUCAGAGACUACAGCUUUCAGAGAAAAGAGAACACUGUAUUUUAUUGAAAAUUAAAGAAAACAAUAAAAAGAAAGGAGCAGCCAUACCACAGCACAUUCCAGAAAGGGUCUCUCUUCAGUUCCUUCUUACGUGGUGUCUUGAAAUAAGAGCAAUUCCUAAAAAGGCAUUUUUGCGAGCCCUUGUAGAAUAUACCAGUGAUAGUACUGAAAAGCGAAGGUUACAAGAACUUUGCAGCAAACAAGGGGCCUCUGAUUAUAAUCAUUUCAUACGAGACUCUUAUGUCAGCUUGUUAGACUUACUCCACGCUUUUCCAACUUGCAGGCCACCUCUUAGUCUGCUGCUAGAACAUCUUCCCAAGCUUCGAGCCAGACCAUAUUCUUGUGCAAGCUCCUGUUUAUUUCACCCAGGGAAACUUCAUUUUGCAUUUAACAUUGUAGAGUUUUUGUCCGGUGUGGAACCUGUGACUUUGCGAAAAGGAAUAUGUACAGGCUGGCUAGCCAUAAUGGUUGACUCAGUACUUCAGGGAAAUGGGAAUGUCUCACAAGGAAAUGAUGUUGAAGCUAGCUUUCCAGAGAUCUCCAUUUUCCCUCAUACCACCAACUCUUUCCGAUUACCCAAUGAUCCUUCAGUACCUAUUAUAAUGAUUGGUCCAGGAACUGGAAUUGCACCUUUUAUUGGUUUCCUACAACAUAGAGAAAAAAUCCAGGAACAGCAGCCAGAUGGAAACUUUGGAGCCAUGUGGUUAUUUUUUGGCUGCAGACAUAAGGAUAGAGACUAUUUAUUCAGAGAAGAUCUAGACCAUUUCCUUAAAAAUGGCAUUUUAACUCAGCUGAAAGUCUCCUUCUCCAGAGAUGUUCCAGCGAAAGGGGAAGAUACCUCACCCAAAUAUGUGCAAGAUAAUAUUCGCCUUUAUUCCCAGCAAGUCACAAGAAUCCUUCUCCAAGAAAAGGGUUAUGUCUAUGUGUGUGGAGAUGCAAAAGGAAUGGCAAAAGAUGUGAAUGAUGCUUUAGUGGAAAUCUUAAGCAAGGAGGCUGGGGUUGAAAAGUUGGAAGCAAUGAAAAUGUUGGCUACGUUACGAGAAGAAAAACGAUAUCUACAAGAUAUUUGGUCUUAAGAUAUAUUUUGUCUGUUUGGAAAGACUCUCAGAUCUUUUGAGCCGAAAAUAUUAGAAUGCUUUUUCCCUAUUUUCAUAUUCUGUGCCAAUUAUUUUAGUUUUUAUAUUUCCUGGUGGGACUUUGAUAUGAAAAAUUUACCAUUGCAGGAAGCCUUUGUUUAAGAUCUUAAAUAAUUUACUACUGCCUACUCAGUAGUACUUCUAGGGUGUUUUUGCAAGUAUUAUAGUUCAGUGAUGUCAAACUCAAAUAGAAACAAUGGCCACUAACGCAUACAUAAGGAAUCCUAUGGGCUACAUAUUGACUUAGUUUUAAAAAUGUAAUAAUAUCUAUAUUUUAUUGUAUUCUUAUUUUGUUUAAUGUUUCCCAUUUUGUUUAAUAUUUCCCAGUAAUGUUUUAAUCUUGUUCAGGCUGCACUCUGAGGGGUUAUGAACCUCAUAUUUGGCACUUCCGCUGUGGUUGAGGGUGUGUGUUGUGGCUUCUAUUGCUUGCCAACUUUCCCAAAUGUAGGUUGAACUUUCCUUGUUAAAAUGGACUAGCAAGUGUGGAAAAAAGGUAAAAAACAAUUAACAUGAAUAAGACUUUCUCCUUAUUUAGUUAGAGCCAAACAAGCAUUUUAAAAAAUGAGACCUUUGAAAGGUAAUUCUUCAACUAUCCCAAACAUUUUGUAAAUAAGUAUAUUUUUCUUUGCCUCAGGAUUUCUAGAAACUAUAUAUUAAAAUGAGCAGUGUAGCCAUUUCAGUGAUUUGAGCAGUAGUGUUGAAUUAAUCCUUACUUUAUUUUUGUCAGUUUAUAUUGCUCAAAUUUUUGAUAAGUACAGGAUUUUUGUACAAGAUAACCUUCAUAUUUUAUAUUUCUAGAAAUGUUUAGUAUUUUCAAGUUUAUAUCAUUUAGUUGAAGAAAAUUUAACUUUUAUCAGAUGACUAACAUUACCAAAGAUUUACAGAGAAAAAGUAUUUUUAGCAUUCAUGUGUUUCCAUUUAUAUAUUAUUGUAUGUGUGUAGAUAUAGAAUAUACGUAUAUAUUAUAUAUUAUACACUAUAUAAUAUGCUAUAUAUACAUACAUAUACUUGUGUGUGUGUGUGUGUGUGUGUGUGUAUGAAAUGUCUCUAAAAGAUCCAAGUAGCAAUUUUUUAUCAUGGCAGUACAGUUAAUAUCCAUGAUAUAUGCCAAUCAUUUUUGUCAAACUUAUCUGUAGUGUAUCUAUAUGCACACCCAUCUAUCUAUAUCUAUUUAUAUCUCUCUCUAUAAAAUAUCUAUAUAUAAUAUUGUUAUAUUUCAGAGAACAUCUGAAAUAUUGUCAUAGUGCAUCUUGUUGAAUUUUAUGAUCUGCUGUAUGUAUUUCUGAAGAGAAAAAAUACACUUUCAUUUGAGUGAGAAUAUGGUAUAGAACUUUUAUGAUUGAAUUUGAUGCUUGCCACUCUUCUUUGGAUUUGUGUACUUCACUGCCAAAUUUAGCACAUCUUAUUCUCAUUUCUGGAAUCUGUUUUAGACAGAUUUUAAAAAUAUAAAGAUUGAAAAGUUCUAACUAAUCUUUAUGGUCCAAGUAGAACUGUCAAUUUUGAUAAAUUCUCUUCCAAACAAAGAGUUCAAACUGCAGAUUCCUGUUCUCUUAUAAUCACCUUUAAUUUGGAAGCAAUUUACUGCUGUAUCUGUUAUCUCUAUCAUAUCAUUCUCCAGAGAAACUUUUUAAAGGGUUGUCAAAUUAGCUUGUGCCAUGUUCUUUGAGAAAUAAAGGUAAACUGAGGCACAAAGUUCCAAUCACAAUUCAUUUAUUAUUAAAGCUAGCAAUUGCCAAACUAAGGUUCCUCUGUAGCCAAGAAUAAACCAACGGGUUUACAGAGAGUAUUUUUAUAGUCGAUAAAGAGAAAUUAAUAAAAAAUUUAUGUGUGUA